AUGGGAAUUUCUCCAUUUCCCCUACUUUCAUUAGAUUGCAAUGACCAAAUGUCUAAGUCCAAGAGAAGGUUGAAAGUUAAGAAGCAGAGAGUCUGGGGGAAAACUGUAAAGCGCCAUUGGAGAUGCAGAAGAAAGUCCAGAAGCAUGUUAAUGAAGAGAAUACCAAAAGGUUGUACAAGGACUUUGAACCCUUUCCAAAAGAAGGUUAAAACCCUGAAGAAGCUGAUUCCCAACAAGGAAUCCAUGGGUUUGGGUGGUCUUUUCAGGGACAUAGCUGAAUAUAUUAUGUGUUUGCAAAUGAGGGUUAAAGUGAUGCAGAUUAUGGUCAAAGUUCUGACAGGUUCUAAUGAGUGA